AUGGCAAGUCAGGAAGACACAGACGACCUGUACGCUGACCUCUACGGUGCGGCUACUUCGGAAGCAGGUGACGAAGCAUUCCCCCGAGGAGAAGGCGGCGACGACAAAGCCCAUGCUGGCGAUGAGCAGGACCUCACUGGAUACGAGGACAGCAACAACAAAAACGGCAACAGCUCCGAAAAGGCCGAGGAGAAGCCGACCGUAGCCGCAAGCACAGGUUCUUUCAUCCCUCCUGCUUCAUCGGCUCCUGCGCAACAGAGCGAUACGGGUUUGCAGAUCAAAGGAAGCUUCAUUCCUCCGCCGGUAGUGAAUAGUCCUGCGGCUCAUUCGCAAAGUGAUGUUCGCGACUUGACGCCAGCCAGCCACAAUGAUGCUUCUAGCAAUCAGCAGUCCCUUUCGCACCAAACGCAGGUAGCAGACGACCGUGGCGAAGGACAGAACGCCGGAACAGAGCGACAAGGAUUGGACAAUCGAUCUGCUAUGCCUCACGAAAUGCCUGAGGAAGGAAAAAUGUUCAUCGGUGGUCUGAACUGGGAUACUACCGAAGACUCGCUACGACGCUACUUUUCGCAGUUCGGGGAGGUCGGCAACUGCGCCAUCAUGCGCGACAAUAUGACGGGGCGUUCGCGCGGAUUUGCCUUUCUCAACUUUGUCGAUCCCAAAGCGGUCAACACGGUCAUGGUUCGAGAGCAUUAUCUCGAUGGUAAAGUGAUUGAUCCCAAACGAGCAAUUCCUCGACCUCAGCACAACCAGCAAGGUGGUGGACACCAUAACAAUUACAACAAUGGCGGCGGAGGCGGAGGUGGUGGUGGAAGCUACUCCGCUUCCAGCCAAAAGCUCUUCGUGGGCGGUCUACCGCCUAGCGUGACGCCUGCCACCUUCCGAACAUUCUUCGAGCAAUUCGGUACGCUUUCCGAUUGCACGUGUAUGAUGGAUCGCGAGACGGGCAAACCGCGUGGAUUCGGUUUCUUGACCUACGCUGACGACUCGUCACUGAACCACGUGCUCAACACCCGACCCAUCGUAUUCGACGGCAAGGAGGUUGAUGUGAAACGGGCGCAAUCGAAGAACGAUCCGCAGUCAUUGCAGAUUCGAAGACAGCAGAGAAUGGACAAUCCCGAAAUGGCGUACGGCAUGCAACAAGGUGGAGCGGGAGCAAGAUUCAAUAACUACAACACGGGUGCAAGUGGUGGAGGCGGUGGAAUGGGUGGUAACGCAUGGCAAAUGAACCCAAUGAUGAUGGGCAUGAUGGGUCAAGGAGGAGACAUGAGCCAAAUGUACCAGAACAUGGGAUGGGGCAAUCAGAAUUGGAAUCCGCAGAUGGCUUGGCAGCAAAUGAUGGCGAGCAUGGCUGGAAACACUGGAGGAGGGAUGGACAUGGGCGCGAUGAUGAACAACAUGGGCAUGAUGGGAAGUAUGGGAGGAACGAUGGGUAGCAUGGGCGGCAUGGGUAGCAUGAGCCCGCCUUCGAUGAAGCAGUCCAUGAGUCCGACUGUGAACGCAGCUUCGGCUGUUCCGACAGGAGCCUCUGCGGGCGGUGACGAUCGCACCGAGCGUAGCGGUUCAGCUUCCGCGCCGAGUUCGUCCAGACAACAACGCGGAGGUAGUGUUCACAAUGGCGCCUCGAGACCUCCGCCCAUGGGCCCGCGACACGAUCGUGAACGGUCGCCUGGUAGGGGUGGAGAUGGGGGAUACCGAAGGGAACGUAGCCCUGAUCGACGAGACGACAACAGACGGUAUGACAGUGGACAGCGCAACAGGUAUUGA